CAGCGUGGCAAAAACUAACCCACAGUACGAUUACAAUAUUUGAAGUCUGACCACUGUCAACUGACAAUUACAAAGACAGAGGCAGAGAGAGAGAGAGAGAGAGUCGGGAAGUGCGCGCAGAAGCGAGUUUCAGCAGAGCAAAGCUACACCAUCUCAAUCUCAAAUGAGGGAGAGACUGACAUUGAAAAACUAGGGUGUUCUAUGAUUUUGAAAGAGCUGCUUGUGGUCAGUUUCAGUAAAUAGUUAUUAUACUUCAGACGAAUCAAGUUUCUAGAAUCACCAUUUCUCUCAUCCCAACCAAACCAGAGCUUCUCUAUAUUUGCAGCCAAAGACCUCCUUGAAGGUAUUGCAGGUGGUGUGGGUCAGGUGGGGUUUGAAGGAGAGUACUUCUGGAUUUGCCUUUUCUACUGCCUCUUCGAAAAAAGGACGUAUAGAAAUAAUGCAGACACCAAAAGGAAGAAGUGGAUCUUCGGGAAUACCUAAAAGGAAAUUGCCAGCGAUGGCUCGAACAGCUCGCCAACUUAAAACUCCUGGAUCAGAUUCUGACUCAGUUUCUUCUCUGAAUUCAUUGAACAAAACUCCAAAAGACAGAAGUCCUAAAGUCAAUGAACGUAAAUCAGCCCGAAGUCCACUGUCUGAGAAGAAGCGCCCAGGCAGAGUGACUGAGUUGGAAUCACAGCUAGCACAACUCGAAGAGGAUUUGAAGAAGGUGAAGGAUCAGCUGAAUUCAUCUGAAUCAUUUAAAAGGCGGGCCCAACAGGAGGCCGAAGAUGCCAAGAAGCAGCUCUCAGCCAUGUCAGCGAAGCUUCAGGAAUCUCAACAGCAGCUGCUAGAGCUUUCUGCUUCUGAUGAUGUUCGGGUUCAAGAACUCUGUAAAAUUUCUCAGGAUCGCGAUAGGGCAUGGCAGUCUGAACUUGAGGCUGUUCAGAAUCAGCACUCAAUUGAUUCUGCUGCCUUGGCUUCUGCAUUGAAUGAAAUACAUAAACUGAAAGGCCAGCUGGAAAUGGUGUCCCAAUAUGAAGCUGUGCAAACAAAGCAUGCUGAGUCGGCACAUGCCGAGUUACAGAGCCUUAGAAUGGAACUAGCUGAAACUCUUUCACUGGUUGAAAAUUUGAGAACUGAGCUUGGAGAUUGCAGAGAAUCUGAAGCUGAAGCCCUGGAACUUGUUAAGAAGCUUCAAGAGCAGUUGGAAACAGCAAAUGCAGCUGUAGAAGUGCUGCGAUCAGAUGGCAUCAAAACCAUGGAAGCUUACAGCUCCAUAUCGACAGAGUUAGAGCAAUCAAAAGCCCGAGUGAAAUCAUUGGAGGAACUUGUGAGUAAACUCCAGGCAGAGUUAGUUAGCUGUAGCAGCAAAAGCUCAGCGAAUCCUACAGGCAAUUCUGAACUUCCACAGGAAAGUAAAGGAAAUGAGGAGACAAACCAUCUCAAAGCGGAGCUUAACUCUUUGAAAGUGGAAGUCAAUCAAUUGAAAUCUGCACUAGAAGCAUCUGAGACUAGGUACCAUGAAGAAUAUGUCCAGAGUACUUUGCAGAUCAGGAGUGCAUAUGAGCAAGCAGAACAUACAAAAUCAGAAUCAUGCCGUAGAGAGGCUGAAUUGGAUGAGGAACUAAAGAAAGCCAUAGCUCACAUUGAAGAGUUGAGGGGGAACCUGAUGGACAAGGAAACUGAAUUGCAAAGUAUUUCAGAGGAGAAUGAAGGGCUGAACCUGAAGAUUGGGGAACAUCAGCCAAGUCAAGGAGAACCAGAACUUCCAAGGGAGUUAAAGAGGUUGGAGGCUGAUAUUGCAGAGUUGAGAGCAAAUUUAUUAGAUAAGGAGACACAAUUGCAGAACGUAAAUGAGCACAAUGAAAUGCUGAAGAUGGAAAUUAAGAAAAGAGACAAGGAUCAGAAUACAGUUAAUGAAGAGACUGUUGCUGUGACAGAAAUGGCAAGGGCCUCGGAGCAUGAUGCUUUAAUUAGGCUCGGACAUUUGACAGAAGAGGCAGACAAAAGUAGCCGAAGAGCAGAACGAGUGACCGAGCAGCUGGAUGCAGCCCAAGCAGCAAAUACAGAAUUGGAAGCAGAAAUGAGGAUGUUAAAAGUGCAGUCAGACCAGUGGAGGAAGGCAGCUGAGGCAGCCGCUGCUAUGCUUUUAACCGGGAACAACGGGAAACUUGUUGAGAAAACAGGUUCACUUGAUGGCAACCACAAUACAAUUGGUGCAAGUUUUGAUUCACCUUACUCAGAAGACAUGGAUGAUGACUCACCCAAAAAGAAAAAUGGGAACAUGCUGAAGAAAAUUGGUGUUUUGUGGAAGAAGGGUCAAAAGUAGCUGCAUUUUCAGGUGUUUUGGGUGGUGAUAGCAGCUGUAGAGGUGUGAAGCCUGUCUGAGUCUUUAUACCAUUUCAACUUCUUACAGGUUACAUAUGAAUUAGGACAGGUAACUCAAAACAGGAAAAACUUUGUUAUAUUGUCUAAGAUGUUAUGUUCAAACACACUUCUUGGCUAAUGAAAUUGUCUUCUUAUAUUAUCUGAGAUGUUAUA